UAGCAGGUCGCCGCGCAGGCAUGGGGCGCAUUAGUGCAAGAGGCACGCUAGGGAACUUAGCACGACAUCUAAUUACAGCGCGGCGCCGGCCCAGGUGAAUAAAACCACCGAUGGCUACAAAUAGCUCGCGUUUCAGGGCCCUGCCAGAUGAUGUGCUGCAUCGCGUUCUUGCGGGCGUGGCACUCGACGACCACAUACCUACGGCAGCUGUCUGCAAAACCUUCCGCGCGGUCAUUUGCGGCCCGCGGUUUCUAGCGCUCCGCCAACGGUACGGCUUCGCGCAGCGCGGCAUCGUCGUGGUCGGAUCACCAACAGGAGUGGCUCAGAAGCCCUUGAGAAUUCAAGUGACGCACAAAGGAGGAGUCCUGGCAAGAUUUCCUGGAGAUUGGGAAGUCGAGUCCCGCGCCUCGACAGGCUCGACGACCAACGGUGGUACCCGGCUAUUUGUCAGCACCAGGGACCCCCAUCAAAUUUUGGCUAUAGAUGCCUCUUCGCGCCGAUGGCGACGUCUCACGACUCCGCCAUUGGGCCAAGGAUCGUACUGCAUGGAGUGGUGCGGCGGCCGCUUGUAUGUCGCCGGUGGAUACAUACAAGGCCCAAAUGACCUUAAUUCUCUCCACGUGUUUAACGAAACAACUGGGCUUUGGGAGGAGUUGCCUCCUAUGCCGUAUUCUUGUAUGUGCCAGGCGUCGGGCGUUAUUGGGAACCAGCUGUUUAUCGCUGGCGGAUGCGGAUCUGGAGCUACAUAUGCGCACAGAUUGCAAAUUUAUGACACUGCCGCCCGCACGUGGCGGCUUGGUGCUCCGCUUCCACUCUCAUUUUCCUCUACGACUGCCGUCGUCCUUGACGGGAAGUUCCAUGUAUUCUUUGUAUCAAUGCCAGGCCUUUAUGGCUCUAUGUUGGUGUAUGACCCUCAGUCCAAUACUUGGGCUGAAGAGACGGUGCCCUGGCGUUAUGGGCAAUUUUGUCGUGUGGACACUGCCUGUGCCCAUAACGGCCGGAUCAUCAUCUUCCUCAAUACUGGAGAUGCAUACGCGCGAGCCUCUGACGGCUCGUGGUCUUUGUACGAACCUGCCGAUCUAUUGCCACAAACACACCAGGGUUCUUACGCCCUCGGGUCCGUCGUCCUCGGCUAGAUUUGACGAUACUAGUAAGAAGAAUGUGAAUUA